GCAAAUCGUUUAGAACCGCGGAAACCCUAAGCAACAGGAACAUGAGAGUUCAGACCCCAAAGAAAGCUGCAUGCUCUCCCGGUUCUCUUCCGCUACAAGUAAAAUUACUCAUUUCCUUUUCCUUUGAACAAUUCUAUCUCUUAUCCCUUGGAAUCCUCUGCUUGAAGAUAGCUUUGAUUGUUACGGAGGCUGCUUCUUCCAAUCUAGGUUGCAAAAGUCCUUUUUUUUUCCUGAAGCGAGUAGUGGAUGAUAGGUCAUUCAGAAUCUAUCGUAUCUAUCCUUCAGUGAUGAUUAGAAAUCUCUUUGAGGGUGCUAGAAACUGCUUGGAUUCAUAUAACCAACUGUUUCUUUUGUUAUAAAUCAAAUUGAAUUGACUUCUGGAAGAAACUUCAUACAGUGAAUAUUUUCGUGGAGAUUAAUCUGGAGUCUUAUCUGGGACUUGAAUAUCAACUUUUACAUUAGGAUACAAUCACUCUAAGAACUGGAGCAUCUUGAAGACAUGCCAGUUUCGGGACAUGAAGAGCGUGGGGUUAAACUCCUUGCCCAAAGCUCUAGUGAUUCUGCUGUAGUUGUGCCUAUCAAGAAAAGGAGGUUUCUAUUGGUUCCACCAUCAUCACCUUCUUCUCAGGCACUGCCCUCACAGUCAGUUGAACCUAAUCUACCAGAGAAGGAACAAUCUGACUCAACACUAGUUUUUUCUUCUUCAAAUGCCAGUGAUACGGUGCUUUCUACAAUUUCUUCUAACUCAAAUCCUGAGAAAUCUUCUCCAAAUACGUUCAAUGCGAAAGAUGUUUCUGGGAUUUCUCAUACCAAUACAAUGUCCCCCCAAAAGAAGGAAGGAAAUUCUCCCGAGAUAAAUGUUAGCUUGGUCCCAAGCAAUGCUUACACCCCUGGGUCGAGUAUUCCGGAACAGGGUCUCCUGGUAUCCUCUGGUUCUAGGUCUGCGUUUGAGAGUAAUGAUGGAAGUAUGGUAGCUGAAAAUUCUUUAUUCCAGGAGAAGACAAAACUACAGUUAGUAGAAAAUGAAGGUUUUGCACCACAAAUAAGGGAACACAUAAAUGACAAGGGAGAGUAUGGUGUAGAGAAUAAAGUUAAGUUUCUAAUAGUUCCAGGAAAUAUAGAGUUGUCUUUAGUGCCAAAGAAACAUUCUGUUUCAGCCUUGGCAUGCCAAACCAGUCGAGGGAGUUGUGAGAAGCAGGGGAGGUUGGAUUCCUGUUUUUUGAAUUUAGCUUUGAGCAAAGGGAAAAGUUCUUUUCAGAGUGAAAGCAAUGAUACUGAAUUAAAGAUUGGUUGCACUCCUGUACUUGCAAAUAGGUCACACUGGGAUUUGAAUACUAUGAUGGAUACAUGGGAGGUUUCUACAAGCAGUGAGGUCAUUGGUGAUAUUGAUGCGUCUCAUGCAACCAGUUUGCAUGAUGUAAGCACUGUCUUAAAAGAGAUGAUUAAUAGUGAAGGGAGCACCAAUCCUACUUUUCAGAAAUAUGACCUUGAUGUAAAUGAGAACAAAUCCAAGUUGUCCAGCAGGACUAUCUCUUUUCGUCAACAACAUGAAAUCCAAAAUCUUCGUCUGCAUCUUAGCACAUCUGGUCCAGAGUCAAGCUUAUGUCAAGAACACCCAUAUACCUCAGCAAAGGUUGACUUUAAAGAAGCAGGACCUAGUCUGAUUUCAUCUGGAACUCUAGUUUCACCUGCCAGUGGUUCAAACAUGAUUAGUUGCAGGAGCGUUAAGUCUGAACCAUUUGAUGACAGUAAUAAACGGGAAUUGAGGGCUGUGGAAGGCAGUUCUUCAAAACUUUAUUAUGGAAUUGUAAAGCCUGAACCAGUUGAAGGGUACAACCAGGGGCCUCUUAAAUCAUUGAGUAUCAGCAAUAUGCAAUUGAUAGGCCAGAGAUUUGUAAAAUCAGAACCAGUUCAUGAGGGUCAUCAUGAUAACCUCAAUGCAGUGGAAGGGUCAUCUAGCCAGUUAGAGAUUCCAACUGAUACUUCUGGAAUGCCUAUGAGUGGCCAUUUAGAGAAUUCUGCUUGUACAUUGGUCACACCUACUUGUACAGAAAAGUUGCCAAUUACUGGGGAGGUUUCAAAUAAUUCAGAAGUUCCCACUUGCACCAAAGGGAUGCCCUAUAAUGUGGAUGUAACCCAAAAAACUUGUGAUAAUUAUAAGAGAAUGCCUUCACAUACAGUUCCGAAUUCUGUGGUUCCUGAUGGUAAUGAGUCUAAGGUUGCCAAUGUUAUGUUAGAUGCUCCAAAUAAAGAAGUGGAUUUAAAUAAUGCAGAUACUGUGUCAUCUACGCUAAAACCAUUGGAUGAGCAUUGUGUAGUUUCACACAGGAAUAACGAGAUAGCUGAAAGUGAUGAGGAAAGGAUUAAUAUACCUGCUGAUAUGGAAGAAGAAGAGUCUUAUGAUAUUGAUUAUGAGUCAGAUGGUAAUCAUGCUGCAGGUUGUGUAAUGGACGAAGAUAAACAACAUAGUGGUGAGGAUGAUGAUUAUGAGGAUGGAGAGGUCCGAGAACCAUUGCUACUUAAUGCUGUUGAAGAUAAUGCAUGUGAGGAAAAGGAAGCAGAUCAUGUUGAAUAUGGGAAAUCUGAUAAUAGGGAUGCCAAUGUUUCUGGAUAUCUGGAUGAUCGGGGUGUAAAUACUUCCUCAAAUGUCAAAGAGGGAGAUGUUAAAGUGGAAGAUCUUAGUGAAUCAAAGAAUGCUCAUUGUAGCAGACCAUGUGACAAUAAUCUGGUUAAUGAAAAGAGUGAUCAAGACAUUCAUCAAAGUGCAUUGUUGCAAAAACCAUUGACAGUUUUAGUGCCAUCCACUGAAUUGAGUAAAAAGAGGCAUGUCAAGAUUGUUCGUAGGAAACCACCAGACCACUCAAGAGGUGGAGGUGGUCCACGGAGCCAAGAGAUCAAAAUAACAUCUAAUCAAGGACUUAGUUCUGGCCAAGAGACUUCAGCUGGAGUUGCUCAGGUUGACAUGGAUGUUCAACAUGAGAAUGCCAAAGUAACAGGCACUGCAGAAAUGAGCAAUAUUAUUUUUCCAAAAGUGGAAUCUUCUGGGCUUGGUGAUGAUGCAGUUAAAGAUGUUGAUAAUAGAGGUACUCGUGGCAGGAUUAUAACUUUAGUUGGAGGUUCAAGUGGCUCAUCAUCCAGUAAAACAAGGUCUAUUCCUGGCAGAGUGUCACCAUCGCAAAUUGAAAGGGAACAGCAUACUGAUGUGGUGCUCCUGGGUGAUAAAUUACAUCCCUGGGGUUGUAGAGAUGCAAGCUGCAUGGAUAGACCUCGCAAAUUUGAACAAGUUAGGAAUCAAGAUCAACCUGUUAGGUAUCCUGGAUCUGGUUUUAUGCAUGGCAGGGGAAGGGUUGAUAGCCAGGUAGACAAUCUACGUGGUGACUGGGAUUCUGGUCGUGAAUUUGUUGCUGAACGCUAUAAUUGUUCAUCUGGAUUUCGAUACACUAGGCCAAAAAAUGCAGCAACAACUGCUGCUGCUAAGCUUGAAAACAGUGGUUAUAUUGUUGCACGAGAUGGUACUAUCUUAGGUGGUGGUAGAGGAGGGAGAAAAUCCUUAAACAAUGAGUUGCCAAACUUUCGGCAUCCCCUCUCUAGGAGACGGACUCCUAGAGGGAGAGAAGGACAUGUUUCCCAUGGUUUGCAAAUGGUACGUAGACCUCCUAGAGACAUUAGCCCUGAUAGAUGCAUCCGUGGAAGUGGUUCUGAAUUUGUUGGAUUGAGGCACAGAGAAAAACUCGUCAGGGGUUUGCCUGGUGAUGUGAUGGAUCCUAUUUUUUCACGUUCCCAAUCUCAGUAUGAACGAGGAGAUUCCUUUGUCCAUGGAGAGAGGAGGUUUUCUCCCCUUCAGAGGGGGCCUCUCCAUAUACCUCAAAUUCAUUCAAAAUCUCCACAAAGAUCCAGAUCACGCUCUCCUGACCUUUGGUCACCUCCUAGAGGAAGAUCUGAUGGUUUUAAUGGGCAUCCUUCUCUAUCUCAUCGGAGAUCACCAAUUUACAGAACUGAUCGGGUCCGAUCUUAUCGACGCCCUUUUUUUCCCGAAGAUAUGGUGGGAAGAAGACCUUGUUCCCCUCCAUUCAUUCCCCCAAUCUCUAAUGACCUUAGAGAAAUGGAUUCAACUAAGGAGCAUGAUCAUCCAAGAUCAUUCAAACUGAGGAGCCCAUCUGGCAGGAUAAUGCCACGGGGGAUGAGGAGGUUUGAUAUGUUUGAGCCCCGGGAAAGGGCUGAGAAUGAUGAUUACUUUGGUGGGCCAAUGCAUUCGGAUAAAUUUAAUGAUAUUGGAGGUGAUGGAGGUAUGGAUGAGAGAAGGACAUGUAGUGAGAGACGUGGACCUAUUCGUUCUUUUCGAACUUCGUAUGAUGAUACUGAUAUUGAUAAUUUCUGUUACAAUGUGGAAGAUGCUCCUCAGCCUUGCAGGUUUUGUCCAGAAACAGAGUCUGAGUUCCAUGGAAGAGGAAGCUUAAGGGGAAGGGAAUUUGACAGGCAUAUAAAAAGUACAGUGGGUAAUGUAUCUAGUACAAGAUGUGUCGAAGAACAGGAAGAUAAUUAUGGUCAUUGUAAACGGAGGUGGAGUGAUACCUGUUUCAAUGAUGUUGAAAUGAAGAGGAGAAGAUAUUGAUCUUUUUGUUGUCCAUUGCGUUGCAUGGUGGUGCUGUUUGGGGAAGCUUAAGGGGAAGGGAAUUUGACAGGCAUAUAAAAAGUACAGUGGGUAAUGUAUCUAGUACAAGAUGUGUCGAAGAACAAGAAGAUAAUUAUGGUCAUUGUGACCGGAGGUGGAGUGAUACCUGUUUGAAUGAUGUUGAAAUGAAGAGGAGAAGAUGUUGAUCUUUUUGUUGUCCAUUGCGUUGCAUAGUGGUGCUGUUUGGGGAAAUCAAGUAACUUAUUGGCUAGAACAAGCAACCGGGUUUCAAACUUUAUAAGAGCGCAAAACUAUAUUAGAUGCUUCUUUGCUAUUAAAACUAAAAAGAUGUUCUGGCUGAUCGUACUUGGCUAUUCAAACUUUAAAGGAGUUCUGGGCCAUCCUACUUGCAUUUUUGCUGCCAAUCUCUGAAUAAUACAUGCAGCUGAUUCUGCUAUUGAUCUGUACAGUAAACUUUGUUUUCUAUAGUGUCUCGGUUACUUUUUUAAAGGGAACAUACAAGGUCAGUUGCUUCGUUAUCUAGAUGUGUGGUUUUCAGUACAACAUCAAGCUCUUGUACUGUCAAUUACUGCAUCUGGAUUUGUCAGAUUCUCAUUCAUCUCCCUGUAUCUAACAAUCAUGUAAGUUUUGGGAUAUUGACCCCCAAUAAUCCUUCAUCUUUACGUGGACUUUAUACUUUGUUUUCCGAUGGUAUUGUGGAGAGCAUAGCUGCUAGUUUCUUGAACAUGGACCUGUUAAUGGCACCAGGAAUCUCCACAUAACUUGUUAUAACCUAAAUGUUUUUUGUUUUAUCAUGAA